AUGGACAAAUUGUAUAUUGGCAUACGAGCUGAAGAUAAAUCAUAUAUGGAAAGAAGAACACCUAUUCCCCCACAUGAUUGCAAGUAUAUAAUGGAAAAAGUAAGUUAAUUUAAAAUAUUGUAAGCAUAAUCGAAUUUAAAUAGUUGUGUAGCCUUCUACUAAGAGAAUAUUUACAGAUGAUCAAUACAUAAAGGUGGGAUGCUUAGUUUAAGAAGAUUUAUCAAUAUGCAGAGCAAUAAUUUGUAUAAAAGAAAUUCCGCUAGAUAAAUAUAUUGAAGGAAUGACUUAUUUAAAUUGGUCACAUACUUUAGAAGCAGAACCAUACAAUAUGCCAGCAUUGGAUGUGAUGCUUAAGAAAAAUAUUAGGCAUUUAGAGUAUGAACGAAUUUAUGAUGAUAACGUAAACAAAAAAAUAUAUUAGAUUAGGGUGUUAACAUAACUUCAUUUCCUUAUGCAGGGAUAUCAGGAAUUAUCACAUUCUUGAAUGAAUAUGGUAAGUAUUUACUAAAAAGAGAUAUGAAUACUCCAUUCUUGUAAAUAGGUCCAACAUUUCAAUAUUAUAAUAAAAAAGAUGCUUAUGAAGCCUUAUAAAAGGCAGGUUAAGCAAUUAAAGAGAGAGGUCUUCCUAAUAAGUUAGGGUUGCCAUUAAUUAUUGGAGUUAUGGGUUCAACAGGAUCAUGUGGAAAAGGCUCAUUAGAAGCUUUGUCACAACUUUAAAUUACUUUGGUCAAUCCAGAAGAUUUAAAAGAUUUAGUUAGCAAUCCAAAUGAUAGAAAACACAAAAAUACUAUAUAUGUUUGUCCUUUUAAAACUACACAUCUUGUUAGACAUAAACAUGAUUUGUAUAAAGAAUUCACAUCUUAAGAUUAUUAUGAAAAUCCACUAGAAUAUGAACCAAUUUUCCACUUUAAAUACUUACCAUAUCUAACUAUUCUCGUUAAUGAUAUUUAUUGGGAGUACAAAUUUCCUAGAUAUGUUACUGAUAAUUAAAUUAAAGUAAAAAUAUUUCUUAUUCUAGGAAUUAGUUGAGUCUGGAAAUAGCAGAUUAUAAGCUGUAUGUGAUGUUACUUGUGAUCUAGAAGGAUCAAUUUAAUUCUUGAAGAAAUUCACAAAUCCUGAUCAUCCUGUUUACUAUUAUAAUCCAAUUAAUCAAUCUAUUCAUGAUGAAUUUGAUUUCUAAUCGCAAAAUGAUAUUAUGUAUAUGUCCAUAGAUUUCUUACCAUCUUAAAUGCCCUAUGAAGCAAGCAUGGAUUUUGGAAAAGCACUUAAAGAUAUUGUUCCUUAUUUAGCUUAUUCAGAUCCUAAUAAACCUUUGGAAGAAAGUGGUUUACCUGAAUUUUUAUAAAAUGCAACCGUCACAUUCCAUGGUUAACUCACUCCAAAAUAUUAAUACAUUAAUGAAUUAAGAAAAAUUAAUGAAACUGAAAAUGACCAUUAAAAAUUUAAAAUGGUGACUUCAUACUAUUCAAAUAAAAUAAAUGCAGCCAAAGAAAAUAUUAUUAAUGAUAACAAAUCUAUUUCUUAAUAAUUAUUGUAAAUUCAUUAAUCAUCAUAUUAGAUCUUAGUUAAAUACUUAAGAAAUCAAAGUUGAUACAUUCUAAUCAGAUAAUUCAUCCAGAAUCCAACAUUGUUCUUAUAAUAGAGAAAUUAAUGUAGAUGAAGCUAGGAAAAUCAAUAAACAAUAAACUUUUGAUUUACAGAUCUAAAUUUAAUGA